AUAACGGCGCGGGGCGGCAUGGGCUCGGGCCGUCGUCUUCUCCCAGCCGCCCGCCCGCCUAGACUGUCACGGGCCACGGGGUCCACAGGGGCGACAGCAGCAGCGUCCCGGGGGCGUCCCGGGGCCGCGUCCCUCCGCUGCUGUCAGGCGCUGGCGGCGGAAAUGAGGCGCUGGCCGUUUUCCGAGCCGGGGUUUCCUGCCUGAGCGCCGAGAGGCCGUGCGACGCCAUGGGCCGGCCGGGCCCCGACCCGCAGCUUGCGCGCUCGGCCGUCCCGCCUCGUUCUCCGCCAUGAACGGGCCCACCGUGCAGCCGUCCCGCACGUCCUCUGCACCCGCGUCGCCGGCGUCCCCGCGCGGCUGGAGCGACUUCUGCGAGCGGCACGCAGCGGCGGCGGCGCGGGAGCUGGCCCGCCAGUACUGGCUGUUCGCGCGCGCGCAUCCACAGCCGCUGCGUGCCGACCUGGUUUCGCUGCAGUUCGCCGAGCUUUUCCAGCGCCACUUCUGCCGCGAGGUGCGCGAGGGCCUCGCGGGUCCACCGGGCCGCGACUAUCGCGCCACUGCCCCGCACCACCGCGCCGCGCUGCCCAAGGCACGCAGCUCCGAGGACCUGGGCCCGCGACCCUCCUGCGCCCUGCAGCACCUGCGCCGUGGCCUGCGCCAUCUAUUCCGCCGUCGCUCGGCUGGGGAGCUGCCAGGGUCUGCCAGCGACACCAAUGAUACCGAUAACGACAACUCCGCCACCAGCAGGCCAGGACCAGCCCGCAAGCUGCUACCCUGGAACCUGCGGGAGCCAGCAGCGGAGGCGCUCAAGGAGGCAGCGCUGCGUUACAGCCUGGCGGAUGAGGCGGCCAUGGACAGUGGUGCACGCUGGCAGCGGGGUCGCCUGGUGCUGCGGGCCCCGGGUCCAGGCCAUGGCCGCCUGCUGCAGCUCUUCGACCCUCCCAAGAGCUCAAAGCCCAAGCUCCAAGAGGCCUGCUCCAGUAUCCGGGAGGUCCGGCCAUGUACACGUCUGGAGAUGCCCGACAACCUCUAUACCUUUGUGCUGAAGGUGCAGGACCAGACAGACAUCAUCUUCGAGGUGGGAGAUGAACAGCAGCUGAACUCAUGGCUAGCAGAGCUCAGAACUAGCACAGGCCAAGGGUUGGAGUGCACGAACACAGAGUUAUCCCUUUCCUUUGUGACAGAGCCUGGUCCAGCCAGCUCUCCAAGGGGAAGCACAGACUCCCUGGACCAAGGUGCUUCACCUGGAGCAGUGUUGGACCCAGCCUGCCAGAAAACAGAUCACUUCCUGUCCUGCUACCCUUGGUUCCACGGCCCUAUCUCCAGGGUAAAGGCUGCACAGCUGGUUCAGCUGCAGGGUCCUGAUGCCCAUGGUGUGUUCCUGGUGCGGCAGAGUGAGUCCCGGAGAGGGGAGUAUGUGCUCACAUUCAACUUACAGGGCAGAGCCAAGCACCUCCGCCUGGUGCUCACAGAACGUGGACAGUGCCGUGUGCAGCACCUGCACUUUCCCUCGGUGGUGGACAUGCUCCGUCACUUCCAGCGGUCCCCCAUCCCACUUGAGUGUGGAGCAGCUUGUGAUGUCCGGCUCUCCGGCUAUGUGGUAGUUGUCUCCCAAGCACCAGGUUCCUCCAACACGGUCCUCUUCCCUUUUUCCCUUCCUCACUGGGACUCUGAGCUGGGUCUUUCCCACCUCAACUCUUCUGGCAUCCCCCCAAGCCUUGGCGCAGAGGCUCUACCCGGCCGAGUGACACCCCCAGAGCAAAUCUUCCACUUGGUGCCUUCUCCUGAGGAACUGGCCAACAGUCUGCGGCACCUGGAACUGGAGCCUGUGAGCAGUGCCCGGGACUCAGACUAUGGGAUGGACUCCUCUUCACGGAGCCACCUUCGGGCCAUUGAUAACCAGUACACUCCUCUCUCACAGCUGUGCAGGGAUGCAAAUUUGUGAAUGUAACCAUCGUCCUCUCCUCCAGAGAGCUACAGGCUGUUAUCAGCCUUCCCCAGCUCAGAUGUGUUUUCUACCAGGCUGCCGCAGGCUUUCUGUCAGCCACAGCUAGCCCCUGGCUUUCUCCCACUGUUUACAGAUGUAGUUUUUGUGCACAAGUGCCACUAGCUGAUACCCUAGGCCCAGAGCUGGCAGUGGAAACUGGUAGUCAGAGCUUAUGACAGACUUCCUACCAAGUAGGCUCACUGGGAAGCACAAAACACUAACAAGUCCUGUCUCUUUCCCCAUAGCUUCAGUUCCACAGCUGAUGGAUGCUUCUUAAUCCCGCUUCUACUCUUAGCUUUAGACAGAAGCUCUGCCAGAGGGACAGGCUUAAAAGUCAAAAAUGAUUUUAAACAUUUUACCUCAGAUUACUUUUUCUUUUUUUUUUCUUUUAAAGGAUUCAGGUUUCCAUAUGAAAUCACAGCUUACUGCCCUGCCCUGCCCUGCCCUACUGUGCUGUUGUGAAGUCAGGGGCAGCUAAGCACACCUGCUCCACCCAUCCAAGCUAAGCCAGCACACUAGUGUCCUUGUCUGCUCCUCCUCAGGACAGUUGCCUGCUACAGGGUAGCCACUGUCCUCCUUAAUGUAGAGAAUGAAGUGUGUCACCCUUUCAGGGAAAUCCAGGCAGCUUGCAGAGAGAGGAGGGUGGCAAGGGACAUUCUACCCCAGUGCCUUAUGCAUAAAAAACAGGACUCUGGUUUACAGCAGCUUUACAGAAGAUGGGAUGAACAGGUGGGGGAGAGACAAGCACAAAUGAAAGCCCCCUAUCUAGGCCUGUGUUGUGAACCCAAAUUAUAGCUUGCCCCUGACCUCCCCAACAAGCAUCUAAUGGCUUAUUGAGUAUGGCUCCAUACUGGCCAAACAGGAAGCUCGCACCAUAAAGAAAUUCCUAUAACAGCUCACAGUAAGUGUUCUGUCCCAGGUGGCAGCAGGGUCACUGGCGGAAGACUAUGCUCCUGCACACACAAUCUCUUCAUCUAGAUAGGGACUAGAGUGGGCUGCUCCUGAGCACAAAGAUGCCAGUGAGUGCAGCCUUUGGGCUAACAGCUGUGGCUUUAGGGGAUCACACUUAAUUCCUGGACAUGUUUGUCAGAGGCAAACAUGCUGAUACCCUUCUCAUCUGGUUACCCUCUAUACUGUGCAAGCUUGUGUGGCUCUCAGUGGAUGGGGGAAGCAGCCGACUGUGCUUCACCUUGGAACACCCCCCAUUGUGUUCACAGAGCAAGGCACAUUCCACAGAGGUGCAGAUGUGUGUUUUGUCUUUAAAAGAACUAGCUCUCCAUCAUUUUCCACAAAAAGUAUGAACCAAAGAUAUAAGCAAUAUUCAGUCACUGGUCCAGACUCCUCUCUCAACUGUAUAGGAACUUGAACCAGGGGCACCCAUUUCUGCUGUUAGACACACAGCUCUCAGUAGAGGAGAGGUUGGCCAUACACUGUAAACCAGCACCUCAGCCCCACAGCACUGGGACUCGCCCACUGUGGACAACUUCCUUUCAAAAGGUAUAUAUUAUGACAAAGUCGUCUCAUAGCCAACACCUUUUUUUUUCUGCUAGAGUUAGGUCCAGUUGGCUGAAGGGGAACAGGUGGCUUAGUGAGGCCCCAAGCCAGAUACCUGUGUCAUUACCAGGCACUAUCCCCACCCCCAGUAGUCCUGACAGACCACCAUGGGCACAGUGUGAACUGGCCCUAUAGAGAUCAUAAGUGUAGCUUAACAGCCCCUGCACCAUUACUUCCUUCUCCUGACUACAACUCCACACUAACAGCCACCAGCACCAAAGAAUUAGGUCAGCUAACCUGCCUUGAAUUUAGACCAGCAGUCCAUAUGGCUUUAACUCUUCUGCCUUUGAUCAUUUCUGGAUCGUAGGAAAAAGGAAUAGUGAUCAUUACAAUUUUGGGCCAGACAACACUAUUUUUACAUAAGUUUCUUAACCUAAAAGAAGGCUUCAUUUCUUCCCUGAGGGCUCUUGUUCAAAUGUUACCUUAGUGCAAACAUCGAGUGAUAGACGGUCAUCCACUGCCUCCUAAUGAAGAUGCAUCCAACAGCCAAUGUGUGGCUGGAAUAAGCAUUGUGACGACAGGAAGACGGGAUUUCAUCUUCUAUCAUAGGCAGAAGGUAUUUGGCAAAUCUUUGUUUUAUGUACUGUAUGAGUAACUUAUUCUUGAAUAAUGCAAAUUUUGCUACAGUGUACAAAUUGCUAUAUGUGAAUUAAAAAGGUUUUCAGAAUCACGACCAUGUUCUCUGCAAUACCAAUUCCCUAGGGCUCCACUUCCCUUUCCCUUUGAGCAGACGGCUUUGUUCUCCUGGCUGUCCUGUUCUUUGGACCCCUCCCACCCCUAGCUGCACUAGGGAAGGAAUCAGGGCCCUGUGCUACUAGCAAGAGCACAGCCACAAAGGACACACCUCCAGACUGGUGAAGAAAUAUCUCCUGCCCCCUGCUGGCAACACAGGUCUGAACUGGGACACUGUGCAUCAACAGUGAUUUGGUUCUGUAGAUAGGAAAAAGGAAGCUUGGACUUUUUCUGAAGGCUCCCACCUCUGGCCAGCCUUCCUCCUGCUGAAGCCAACCACACUAAUCCACCUAAGGGAAAUCUCAGUCUUGACUUUUUCUAGAUACCUUGCCCCCCACAACAGCAGGAGUCGCCACAAACACACACUAACUGGGUAUCAGUUUUUAAAACUUUUUUUAUUUUUUAAUUUUUUUUUUAGUUUUUAUUUUAUAUUAUCUACAAAGUAAAAGUUUUCCCUUAACUUAAAAGUUGAACCACUGUAGACAGUGAUUGCCUCAUCAAACUUGAUUUAUAAAUAAUAAUCCGUCAGUUUGGCGGUAAGAAUUUACUGAACUUCGGUCAAGUUUAGUAAAAGGGCGUUCCAAGUCUUGAUUUUUUUUUAAAAGCGGUAAUAGCAGCAAGAAUCACUCUUGUUACUUCUUUUGCUAGCUGAUGUGUUCAUGACUCUCAAGGGCCAUUAAAAAAUAAAUAACUUCCAGUUUCAGCAAGCAGAGCUGGGUACUUGCGGGACCCUGCAACAGCACAUGAAAUUAUGGAACAGCCACAGUCCCUACAUGCCUCUACUCGGUCCAGAACAUCCUCCACUGCAAGUGAACUGUUAGCAUUCCUAUCGGAUGUUAAAUCAGUGUAUCUUUU